AUGUCAUCCACAUGCAUUUCUUGUUCUCCUCAUCCAUUGGCUUCGAUCAUCGGUUUGCCUCAAGGAUUUGUUUUUGGUGUCUUGUUACAGAAAAGCCGAAUGUCUGCUCCUGAAAAUAUUAAAAAUCAAAUGGCACUCAAGGAUUGGACCAUGAUGAAGACUUUCCUUUCUGCUUCGGGUACAAGUGCCAUUUCAUUCGGUUUAUUGCAAUUGUUCGGUUUGGCAACCUUGUCCCCAAUGGAUAUCAAUUGGAAGGGUAAUUUGAUUGGAGGUGCACUCAUUGGUGCUGGUAUGACCCUCGGAGGAGCUUGUCCUGGCACUUUGUUGGCUCAGAUCGGAGAAGGUGUUGAAACAGCUCCCUAUUCACUUUUGGGAGGUUUGUUGGGAGCAUCUGCCUAUGGUGUUUUAAUUAAUCAAUCAUGGGCCAAGAAUAUUUUGAGCUCUGUUGAGGUCAAGGGUCCACACAAUACCUUGCAUGGAUUACUCGGCAAGCCAAUGUGGGCAAUAGCCAUUCCUUUGGGUAUUGCUAUGAUCGGUGUUGCUUGUGGUCUUGAAAAGAUCUUCCCAUCACCAAAACGUGUCGAGUCUGAAUCGGCAAGCACUACGGAAUGCAUGAAAAAGAGACAAUGGAGCCCUAUUUGGUCGGGAAUUGCUCUUGGAUCACUUCAAAUUCCAGUUAAUUUGUGUGUUAAGGCUUAUUUAGGUACCAGCUCUGCCUUUGUGACUGCAUCUACUUUUGUAACCAAGUAUUUACCAUUGGAUCAGAGCUAUUUUUCCAAGUACAUCCCUAAUACUCCAAAGAAUGUAUGGCAAUUGGUAAGCGAUUUGAGUAUCAUUGGAGGAUCCUACGUUUCCGCUCUCUUGGGAAAUACCAGAGCCAAGAGUACUAGAGCACUCACUACACAAGAUAAGAUGGUUGCUAUUGCAUCAGGUUUCUUGUUGCUAUUCGGAGCAAGAACUGCCAAUGGUUGCACAAGCGGUCAUGGUCUUUCUCAAAUGUGUCAAUUGAGUUUUGCUGGAUUUAUUAGCGUUGCAAGUAUGAUGAUUUGCGGAAUUGGACUUGGCGUUGCUUUGGAUAAGCUCAGAAAAUAA